ACCCGUCCCCCUCCCGCCCCUGCCUUCCGGAAUUGCUGUGGAGCAUCAGGCCAGUCCUCCUCUCCUUACGGCCGACGGAGGGUGCCCUGAGUGCAAUUCAAAACGGAGAAGCGAGGAACGAAACGGGCUCUGUACUGGCUGUCAAGUUAGUGGCUUUGUAAACCAGUAGCAUCCGGCUAACGCCUCUCCCCGUCUGCGUCUCCUGCAGCCCCUGUGCAGUGUGCACAUCUAUGGGCAGGUGCAUUCUGUAGAGCUGGUGGAGACGUGUGGUUGUAGCUUUACUCUCGAGGAACAUGAAGUUUCUGUUCUCGAUUUUUGCUUGAUCAUACUAGCAGUGCAUUUCCCAUCAGAGUCAUAGGCCGGAAAAAGUCAGCUUGAACUAGGCAGAAUUGAGGUCAGUUAGUAAACUAAACCAGCUACGUAACUUUUGCAUAGUAUCUGGUACUGGUUUUGAAAAACAACAAUAUGCUGAAAUAUUUUAAAUAGUCUCUAGACGUAUAUAUGGUGCUUCUAAACACUUAAGUGUAUCUUUUCUCGGCAGUAUGAAAAACCAGACUGUAAAGCUUUAACAUUUCUAUUUCAAUAUAUACUGCCUGCAUUUCUAUACUUACCUCCCAAAUUACAGACUUCUGGCAAAAUUUCAACAAAUAUCAACAUCCGUUGUAAUCAUAAAGAGUAAUAUCAAAUUGCAAUUGGGAUAAUAUAAAAAGGCUAGAAUUGAUCACUUUAGUACAAAGGAUUGAAUUGUAAAAUAAUCGUUCCGUAAGUGAAUUAUGAAACCUUGUAGCUUAGAGCAAAGUUUUACUAUGGAAUGAGUCAGUAUAUUUAUAGUACCCUUUGCUCUUUAAUUUUUUUUCCUUUUUAGUUUUUUAUACUAGUCUCUUUAUAUCAUAGUGUCUGUCAUAUUUGAUAGGUUUAUGUUAAGGAACGAAAUUUAAAUGCAUUCCCAUUUAAAUGCAUCAUAUCUAUAUGUUUGGUAUGAUGGGGUAGGCAGAAGCUUAGCAAGAGUCUAGAUUAAGAGCUGGGCUAUAUAUAAAUAAAUACGAGCUGAAAUAUGUAGAUCAUUCAGGCAUAGCAAUUGCAAGGGCUAGCUGAUACUCUGGGUUUUUCUGACUAUGGGCUAAUGGCACUGCUAGAGGUGGCUCUGUAACUGCUUAGACAUAGCUUUUGAGUCUGCUAGAGGAAUACAGAAGAACCUGCUGCAGGAAGAUUUCCCGUGAUACAAAGAGGGCAAAGGAAUGAGAUAUUCAGCAGUGUUGAUAGCUCUCAGAAUUUGAUGUGAGGGUCAUAUUACCAGUAGCAAAGCUGGGCAAAUUUUUAGUAGGCAAGAUGAAAACCCAAGGCACCUGAGAUUUUUGAAGGCUUUAACUUCAGAGUUUACUACACUUUUGAUAUGUGUAACACACCAACUUACUGUGACCUAGGAAAGGCUGCUAAGGAUGUCUUCAACAAAGGAUAUGGCUUUGGCAUGGUCAAGAUAGACCUGAAAACCAAGUCUUGUAGUGGAGUGAUGGAAUUUUCUACUUCUGGUCAUGCUUACACUGAUACAGGGAAAGCAUCAGGCAACCUAGAAACCAAAUAUAAGGUCUGUAACUAUGGACUUACCUUCACCCAAAAAUGGAACACGGACAAUACUCUAGGGACAGAAAUCUCUUGGGAGAAUAAGUUGGCUGAAGGGUUGAAACUGACUCUUGAUACCAUAUUUGUACCGAACACAGGAAAGAAGAGUGGGAAAUUGAAGGCUUCCUAUAAACGGGAUUGUUUUAGUGUUGGCAGUAAUGUUGAUAUAGAUUUUUCUGGACCAACCAUCUAUGGCUGGGCUGUGUUGGCCUUCGAAGGGUGGCUUGCUGGCUAUCAGAUGAGUUUUGACACAGCCAAAUCCAAACUGUCACAGAAUAAUUUCGCCCUGGGUUACAAGGCUGCGGACUUCCAGCUGCACACACAUGUGAACGACGGCACUGAGUUUGGAGGUUCUAUCUACCAGAAGGUUAAUGAGAAGAUUGAAACAUCCAUAAACCUUGCUUGGACGGCUGGGAGUAACAACACCCGUUUUGGCAUUGCUGCUAAGUACAAGCUGGAUUGUAGAACUUCUCUCUCUGCUAAAGUAAAUAAUGCCAGCCUGAUUGGACUGGGUUAUACUCAGACCCUUCGACCAGGAGUCAAAUUGACUUUAUCAGCUUUAAUCGAUGGGAAGAACUUCAGUGCAGGAGGUCACAAGGUUGGCUUGGGAUUUGAACUGGAAGCUUAAUGUGGUUUGAGGAAAGCAUCAGAUUUGUCCCUGGAAGUGAAGAGAAAUGAACCCACUGUGUUUUGGCCUUAAAAUUCUUCUGUGAAAUUUCAAAAGUGUGAACUUUUUAUUCUUCCAAAGAAUUGUAAUCCUCCCCACACUGAAGUCUAGGGGUUGCGAAUCCCUCCUGAGGGAGGCGCUUGAAGGCAUGCCUGGAAGUUGUCAUGUUUGUGCCAUGUUUCAGUUCAGUUCUGCAGUGUUAUUAAAUGUGUUCCUCAGCGACAGUGUAGUGUCAUGUUAGAGGAGACGAUCUGACCCUCCAGUUUGUACAUCACGUCCUGCAUGUCCCACACCAUUUUUUCAUGACCUUGUAAUAUAUUGGUCUCUGUGCUAUAGUGGAAUCUUUGGUUUUGCAUCAGAGUAAAAUAAAAUAAACCCAUCACAUUUGGAACAUAACUGCU